AUGAGUCCAACUCUAAACAAUAUUUUAUCUUCUCUGCAGAGAAGUGGAACAUGCAUUAAUUCUUUAAUUGCUGCUUUGACGAUUGCUGGACAACAACUGUUUUCUUCUUUUACAUUUGGAUGUCCCUGUCAGGUCGGGAAAAAUUUCUAUUAUGGUUCUGCAUUUUUAAUCAUUCCAACCUUGAUACUUCUGGUUGUUGGCUAUGCUCUGAGAAGUCAAACAUGGAAAAUCACCAGUGACUACUGCUGCAGAUGUGCCUCUCCACAUCAGAAAGUGAGCCUUCUGGAGCGCAAGCUGGCUUGCCUUCAAUUCUUCAGCAUCACUGGGAGGGCACUUGUUGCUCCAUUAACGUGGCUGGCAGUGACCUUAUUAAGAGGUACCUACUAUGAAUGUGCAGCAAGUGAAUUCACGUCGGUGGACCAAUAUCCAGUGUUUGACAAUGUCAGUGCUAACAAAAGGGAAAAAAUCUUGGCUGAGUUUCCAUGCUUCACAUUAACUGAGUCUGAAGAUAUGAUACUCGCAAGAGAUAACAUAGCCCUUCUGCACAGAUACCAAUCUCAAAUGCUGGGCUGGAUUUUGAUCAUUUUGAUAACCAUUGCUGUGCUUGUCUCCCGCUGUGUGGCGAGGUGUUGCACACCCUUCACCUCUCUGCAGUAUUAUUACUGGAAUAACCAUCUCCAGAAUGAGAGGGAGCUCUUUCAACAAGCUGCAGAGCAGCAUUCACGAUUCCUCAUCAGACAGCGCAUACAGAAACUAUUUGGUUUCAUUCCUGGAAAUGAAGAAGUCAAAAACAUCCGUAUUCCUUCAUGUCAGGACUGGAAAGAUAUUUCUGCACCCAGUCUCUUGUGCUUGGAUGAGGACUUUCAAGGUCACUAUAGCUUCCUAAGAGACAGAGUAGAUGAAGAGAAUGAAGACAAAUCAGAAGGCAUUGAAUUAAAAUGA